AUCACGGACAUGUACCGUGGUUCUUCCACGACGUCGUCUCCGGUCGCAGAGGACCCGAUAACGCGGUGCGCUGAUAACGGAGACGUCGAGUCGCCGCGCACACACGAAUACACGAUCAAUCGAUCGAUAGUCUAAGCGGACGUGGUGAGUAGGAAGUAAACGAACGGUAACGCCGUCCGUGCCGACACUGUUUACCAACGACGCGUUUCUAUUCUCGCGGUCGACUGCACGCCGAGAUCGCAUCACACCAUCGCGUUCGGUGAGGCAACUAUAUACCUUUUCGUUCAUCCUUGGGGCGCCCCCAGGACUUACCCUCAAAAGUUUUCCGUGCCGCCCGCCCCGUAAUCACCCAACUCCGACAAGUAUCCAGCAACUACAGACGUCGCCAUGAUCGGCGGUCUGUUCAUGUACAACCACAAGGGUGAGGUGCUGAUAUCGCGAGUGUACCGCGACGACAUCGGCCGCAACGCCGUGGACGCGUUCCGCGUGAACGUCAUACACGCCCGCCAGCAGGUCCGCUCGCCGGUCACCAACAUUGCGCGCACGUCGUUCUUUCACAUCCGCCGGGCCAACAUCUGGCUGGCCGCGGUCACCAAGCAGAACGUCAAUGGUGCCAUGGUAUUCGAGUUCCUCAUACGGUUCACACAGGUCAUGCAGUCGUACUUCGGCAAGAUCAACGAGGAGAACAUCAAAAACAACUUUGUGCUCAUCUACGAGCUGCUCGACGAGAUACUCGACUUUGGGUAUCCGCAGAACUGCGACACGGGCGUGCUCAAGACGUUCAUCACGCAGACGGGCGUCAAGUCCCAGAGCAAAGAGGAGCAGAUGCAAAUCACGUCCCAGGUCACUGGCCAGAUCGGAUGGCGGCGCGAAGGCAUAAAGUACCGCCGUAACGAGCUAUUCCUCGACGUGCUCGAGUAUGUCAAUCUGCUCAUGUCACCUCAGGGACAGGUGUUAUCCGCGCAUGUUGCAGGCCGCAUACUCAUGAAGUCCUACCUGAGCGGCAUGCCCGAAUGCAAGUUUGGUAUCAACGAUAAGAUCGUCAUGGAGUCCAAGGGCACCAAGAUCCUUGAUGACACGGGCUCGAGAACUGCCUCUGGCAAACCAGUCGUUGUCAUUGACGACUGUCAGUUUCAUCAGUGUGUAAAACUUUCUAAAUUUGAAACCGAACAUUCCAUAAGCUUCAUUCCACCCGAUGGUGAAUUUGAGUUGAUGCGUUACCGUACUACUAAAGAUAUAUCAUUGCCGUUCAGGGUUAUACCGUUGGUGAGAGAAGUGGGGCGUACUCGUAUGGAAGUAAAAGCUGUAUUGAAGUCUAAUUUCAAACCCUCCUUGUUAGGACAAAAAAUAGAAGUCAAGAUUCCCACUCCCUUGAAUACUGCCGGUGUUCAAUUAUUGUGUCUAAAAGGUAAAGCCAAGUACAAGGCUUCAGAUAACGCAAUUGUGUGGAAAAUUAAGAGGAUGGCAGGCAUGAAAGAAACUCAGCUCUCAGCUGAAAUUGAUCUUUUAGAAACGGACACUAAGAAAAAAUGGACAAGACCCCCAAUUUCAAUGAAUUUUGAGGUACCAUUUGCUCCUUCUGGAUUCAAAGUCAGAUAUUUAAAAGUUUUCGAGCCAAAGUUGAAUUAUUCCGACCACGAUGUUGUCAAAUGGGUUCGUUAUAUUGGGCGAAGUGGAUUGUAUGAAACUAGGUGUUAAUCAAACAAAACCUUUAUACGUAUUUUAAUCAUCUCCCAAUAUUCUGGUCCAACAUUUUUGACUUACUAAAUAAUAUAAAAUAUAAUAUUUAUUGUAUCAUAUUAUAUUAUUUUUAAUUUAUAAUCCAUUCAGUAUGUAUGGUAUGAUUAAAUAUAUUUAUUGUUAUUUAGGCUAGUCAUAUUUUUAUGUUCAUUUUAUAUACAAAAUAAUUAAUAUUUACGUUUUAAUUGAAUUGAAUUGUAAAAAUAUUGGCCGAUAUGAAUUGUAUUCUUGCUGACUGCUGUUCACCCACAUGGUUAAUUUAUUUUUUCUAUUUACUUUGAUCUGUGCAUUAUUUGUCUAGGAAUUUAUUAUUUGUAAUUCAACAAAUAAUUUUAAACAUGUAUUACCAUAGGUAAAUAAUUGUUUAACAUGUAACAGGUCAUUACUUUAAUGUAAUAAUAAUAAUUAUAUUUAGUGCUUUAUUAUAAUAUUAUAUUAAAUUAUAACAGAAACAUUGUGUUAUUAUUUAUAUAGAUAUUCUACUACUAUUGUUAAGCAAUUAAUAUGUUAAGGAAGUUUAAUUUGUUUGUAUUACUAUUGCUGGUAGGUUACAAAACGUUUUUUAAGUAAACAGGAAAUAUUAUUUUGUUGUCCCGUCAUAAUAUGAAAUAAAUUGGUUUAAUAGGACUAUAUUAUUCCUUAUAGUAUAUUCAUAUUAAAUAGUUAAUGAAAUAUGAAAUUUAAACUUUAUAGAAUUGAAUUAUUUUUUUUAUAUACCUAGAUGAAGAUUGUAUAAUUUUGAAAUAAACUGAUUAAUCAUAAAUACUAUUUAACAUAUUAUAUGACGUAAUGUAUUGAUUUUAUCAAAAAUGAAUAAUAUAACAUUAAAAAAUUA